AUGGCAAACAUAGCGGUAAAUGUUGACGAGUAUAAAGCAGUGGCCACACAGGGUCGCAAUUUUACGGGUAAAGUGGCCAUGGUCACCGGAUCGGGUUCGGGCACCGGUGCCUCAAUUGUCAAACUAUUGUCGGCAUUGGGCGCCCACGUCGUGGUCACCGGCAGGGAUGAGACACUCAUUCAUAACGUGGCCGCAGAAUGUCAACAAAUGUCACCUAAAAAUUUAAAGCCAUUUGAAGUGGUGGCAGAUCUAACUAAAACCGGUGAUUUGAAAGCACUAAUCACAGCCACGAUCACCACAUUUGGUCGACUAGAUGUGUUGGUCAACUGCGAGACAAUCGCUCCCUUCACAGACAUAUGGGACACAAAUCUGGUGAAACACUUUGACGAGACAAUCGCCGUAGAUGUCCGGGCGAUACUAGAACUGACACAACUGGCUGUUCCGCACCUGGAGGUCACCAAAGGCACUGUCAUUAAUAUGUCCUCUAUUAUAGAGUGA